AUGGCUACUAGAAAAGAGCGGACAGCAAAGAAGAACAAGCUUUCUUCUCUCAAGAAGCUGAUUCUCAAAGACCGUGCUGAGAGACUUGUCCGUGAGGGAAAGGCCGAGGCACGAAGCACUGAAGCUGCGACUGCCGUGCCCGAGGCGAACGUCGAAGAUCAACAACACGAAGAUGGUGGACAAGAAAUCCUUGAGCUCUCACACGAAGCUGCACACUUAGCAGGUGGCAGACUUUCGAUGAUGACAACACUUGUUCUUAUCUUUAUUCUAGAGGCUUGGCUUGAAGACCAUGGCAUGAAUGCUACCAAUCCAGACCAUCUUGAGGUCCGACUCCAGGACUCAGAGUCAUCCAGUGAAGAUGAAGAUGAGGCAGUCAUGGAACCACAAGGGUUGUCUACCUUCUGGUCGUCGAUCGCAACAACUAGCCACCAAAUCCCUCGUGCAGCACCUUCCUGUGAAGAAUCUGCUCAGUUGGGCGCGUCCGACUGCUCCGGAGUUCGUGCCUUCAUUUUCUAUGAGCAUCACUCGGAUAAUCAAGUUGAUCGCCUUUCUGAUGAAGAUGCCCAGCAAAGUGUGAAAACCGUCAACAUUGGCAAGGGUUCAGUGUGUGAAGGAGAGGGCAGAAAAAAUCAGACAUUAAUACGGGAAUAUUGCGAUCAAAAGUUGAGCGAGGAUCUGAACAAAACAGUUUUCAACUUCUUGUCCAAGCUGAAUGCAUUCCAAGAAAGAAUGAAGGAACGAGACCCCUUGAAGGCGAAGAUGAAGAGAAGGGUUUCUUCUGGGCUACGAGAAGUAUAUCGUAGUGUUCGCAUUCAGGAAGCGAAGCUUGUCGUCAUCGCCCCCAACAUUGAAAGUAGCCCGAGCGAGGGAGGGCUGGACGACAGGGUCGAGGAGAUCAUAAAGGCAGCCAAGAGUAAAGGGAUUCCCAUCGUGUUUGCGUUGAGUAGGAACAGAUUGGGAAAGGCUUUGGGAAAGUCAAUGCGAAUGAGUGCGGCCUCUGUUCACAAUGUGGAUGGAGUUCACGAGAUGUACAAAGAGAUCCUUUCAACAACGAUGGAGCUUAGAGAAGAGUUUCGUCGGCAAUCAGAGUCUACGUAA